AUGGUGCAAUCGUUGCUCACUUCUCUUUGGCCCGCUCACCACACUCAACAUUACUCGCUACGGCCCUGGCUCAGAUCAGCUCAUCAAUUAAUACUCAAAUCUCUCGCUCGUCAGCUCAACAUUACUCGUCAUCAUUCCGUUAUUUUCAUCACUGGAAUUGGUGGCGGAAAGGCGACGCAGACUCGAGGAGUUGCAUUGCUUAAGCUCCGCUCACUUCACUCAAGAUCAGACGUCAUUAUUCAAGCUCACAUUCUGCAGACGUUAACGAACAUCUUGCCACCCUUCAACGCUGCACCACAGGAAUGGCCGCAUCUCACCAAAUUAGCCUUGGCUGAUCCAGAUUUUCUGACACCACGGCCAGUGGAUAUUAUCAUUGGAGCUGACUCAUAUGGGCAGAUCAUCAAGCCCAACAUCAUCAAACGAGAUACAUUGAUGCCAAUUGCGCAGCUCUCAAUCUUCGGAUGGUUCGUGCUCGGACCUGUCGACACAUCAUCAUCGGCAUUUGCUGCAGUGCAUCAUGCAUCGAUUCAGGAGAGGAAAGAUGCUCUCGACGAGUUACUGUCGAAAUCUGGACACAAGAAGAAGUGCCUGCGAGCAACAAUCUUGAUCUUACUCCUGACGAGAAAAGAUGUGAAGAACAUUUCAAGAUUUAUGACAGAAUAUCAAGAGCUCAAUCACAUGAAGAAGGCUUCACCCGUUUCCAGUCAGCACACACAAUAUUAUUUGCCACAUCACGGAGUGCUCAGACCAGACAGUGCAACCACAACAUUACGCGUGGUAUUUGAUGGCUCGAAUGCAUCUGCAUUACAGCACCUAGACAUCAGAUGUUUUGCUCUGGAUUCGACCACUUCGACACUUAGUUGCCACUGA